CCUCUCCUCUCCCUCUCUUCUCUUCUUUUGUAAACCACAAACAACCACAAGUUCAACCACAGUCCACUCACAAGUACCAGUGUAUCCAUACAAUAUCUCAAUCAAAUAUCAUACGAGGAUCACAUUUUGCUAUGGCCUUCGCUGCGUUCUAGACGGCUCGAGGGGCCCUGUUCGAGGGGUCCCUCGUGCUCUUCUCUCAACUCAACGCAGUCUCAGCAAAAUCCUCGUUUCGAUAUUUCUACUCUUUCGAGGCUCUACCCGCGUAGGAGCUCGUCAUCGCUAUUGCCCUCGAAAUUGCUUUGCAAGACAACCAGACAGGCACCGACAAGUCCUGAGCGACUAGAAGGUGCUGUGGACGAACUUUUUCCUUCUCACCCCCGGACGACUAUCCGCCCACCCCCUCCACCCUGCCAUAUCUCUACUGUUCACUUCCGUAUCAACAACCCGCACAUACACAUAACGGAAUACUCAUUAUCCCUUCACUAUGUCUCGUCUUUACACCCGAAACAAUCGUGGCCGUCACCCCAUGCUGGGAUCUGGCUCUCGAGCCAGCAAAGAAAAGCAGAGCGACACUUACUACCCUCCAAAUACCAAGAAGACCAAGAAUACUCCCAAAGCCACUGUCAUAAAGAAGACCGCUGCCCCGCGCAAAAGAGCUCCGAGCACAUCGUCCUCCGAUCUCUCGUCACUGUUGGAUUCUGAGACUGGUGAUGAUGCUUCUGGUGAGGAAGAGAGUGAAGAAGAGGCGGACGAUGAUGAAGACGAUCUGCCAGCUGUUAUCACCCCGUCUCGUUCUCGAUCUCUGAACGGGCCGGGGCGCAAACAGCAUCUUUUUGGCAGAGACGAUAUUUCACUUGCUGGUAGUGUCGACAGCAUGUUCGGUGAUUUUGCAAAUUACUAUGAAGAAGAGGAUGAUCCCGCUCUAUCACCAGAAGAGAAUCGUAAACGCUUCGAGAGUCAUGUGUUCGGUGAGUCAGAAGACGACAAUGACGAUGUUUACCAGGCUGUCGACGAGAUCAGUGACUCUGAGGAUGACAUAGACGACCGUCACAUUGAGGAGCAGGAGCUCCUGGCCAUGAUGUCCGAAGAAAACAACAGUGACGCUGACUUCCUACUCAACCAAAUCGACGGUCUGUCAGCGUACGGUUUUGGAGACGACAGCGAUGCUUCCAUUCAACGCUACCCGUCGUCGCAAGGCAGUGACAGCGGUUUCGAUGCAGGGCUUGAGCGGCAUGUGCAUUUUGCCGUAGACGCUGACCCUUCCAUUUUCCUGCGCAUGUCAGAGUCUCCGACAAUCACUCGUGCUUUACUCCCAUCUGCACUCCCGGAGCUCAAUCUGAACAAUCGUAUGCCUGAGAGACGUCCCGUAGGACUUGUCGAUGAAAUAGAGGAUUCUGAUCUCACCGACGACUGUUUGCCAGAGGAAGCGCAUCAAAGCAAAACAACACCGGCACGGGAGAAAUCCAGGUCUGCCACUCCUCCAGCGAAGAACUCCGCGAAGAAGGCACCUCGUCGCCGUGGUCCUCCUCGUGGUAUCUUCAUUGACGAGGGUGACAAAACCUCUGGCAUCCUGGAUCCGUCUGGUAAAAUCAUUCUCAUGACUAACCCUCACCUCCUUGGUGACGAAUUUGCGAAGCGAUACGGUGCAUCGGCAACGUCUAGUCCUGAUGUAGGCUUCGCUGAACUUAUUGAGGACAGUGAUGCUGGCGACGGCGAAUCUGCUGCCGAUGUCAUUGGCGUCCCUGGUGCGGACAUAAUGUUGGCCAGCCUCAACUCCGCUGUCAAUGAUCCCUCCAACCUCGGGCAGGCGAUCGGCCCGUUGGAGGCGUUCUACCCUUCCAACAGUUUUGUGUUUGGGGAUUAUGCCAUUGAUCCAGAUGACUUGGAGGAGAACUUCCAACCUGAUGAAGACAUUGGAGAAGAUGUUAUUAACCUCAACGACGUGAUCAAGUUCGAUGAUGAGACGGACGAUAGUGAUGCUCCGACCUCACCCAUGUUCAUGCCCCCUAGCCACGAACUCGCCGGCUUGGGCAACGUGAACAAUGAGUUCGCCUACCUCAACAACAACAAUGUGACGGCUUUCCGACGCAAUGCCGACCCGACCUUUGCUGCUCUCAACAACACACCAAGAUUCCAAAGAGAGAUGGAUGCCUUCAGCUCACCCUUUGCAACCCCGGCACCAUCUCGUCGAAAACGGAAGAACCAUGCAUCUCCAUACACUUCUUCACACUACAAGGGAGUCACUCCGGUCCAACGUAUGUGGGAUACCAAUCCGCCCAACCCAACCGCUCCCGAGACAUCCACCCCUGCUCCUUCCAAAAGGCGCAAAGUUAUGAUUUGAUGAGUUCACGAUGGUACGAGGAUCAUGUUUGGAACAUGUCAUUUUCUUAUAGGCUGCCUAUUUCGGGCAAUGCCAUGUACCAAUCGUGGAUCGAACAUUUUGGCGUUGUCAUACAAGGUAUCAUUUUUCCCAGGGAACUGAAGAUACCCGUUUUCCAAGGUUCAAUCGUUUUGCGACGCGAAAAGGGAAAAGAAAAGGUCCAUGAAGACGAUAAAAAGAAAGAACCCUUAAGCUUAUGACACAUGGCAUAGGAAAUGAGUCGAUCGCAUGGCUUUUAUGCAUAUCAAGAGGAGGCGACGAUGUGCGGUCCAGUCGCAAAGUUCAUAGAACUUAGUAUCAGUACCUUAGCUAUGCUUGAAUUGCGCAUUUGUUAGAUGUAUUCAUUCAAAAACUAAUUCGAUAUC